AUGGCUUCUCCCCGCCCUCACAACUUCGGUCCUCAAGGCUACCCUCUCGCGAACGGUGCGGCCGCCGGUCCCGUCCCCGGUGCCACGCCGCUUCUCCCUAACAAUGGCCGAGUGAUUCAAAGCGGUCCCACUCGAAUUCUGUGUAUUGCGGAUGUACGAGGAAACUUGAAGUCUCUGAAUGAACUGGCCAAGCAGGCUCGCGCAGACCACAUCAUCCACACGGGUGACUUCGGUUUCUACGAUGAUACCUCACUGGAGCGGAUUGCGGAUAAGACCUUGAAGCACGUUGCACAAUACUCUCCUCUUCUACCCGAGAAUGUGAAGCGGUCAAUCGCACAGGUCCCCCCUCAGCAAUCCAUCAAGCAGCGAUUCCCCGCUGAUCAGCUACCCCUCUCCGAGCUUUCUAUGCUUCUUGACAAGCGAAUCACCCUCGACGUGCCGGUAUACACAGUUUGGGGUGCUUGCGAAGAUGUGCGCGUGCUGGAGAAAUUCCGCUCCGGCGAGUACAAAGUGGAUAAGCUGCAUAUUAUUGAUGAAGCCAACUCCCGCUUGCUCGAUAUCGGUGGAGUGAAGCUUCGCUUGCUGGGUCUGGGCGGUGCCGUGGUUAUGCACAAGCUGUUCGACAACGGUGAAGGAAAGACGACUAUCGCAGGUGGACAGGGAACCAUGUGGACAACGCUACUGCAGAUGGGCGAGCUUAUCGACACAGCGAACCGGGUUUACGAUCCUUCGGAGACGCGUGUUUUCGUCACUCACGCCUCCCCCGCCCGUGAGGGUAUGCUCAACCAACUCUCUGUCACCCUGAAGGCCGAUUUCUCGAUCUCGGCCGGUCUCCACUUCCGCUACGGCUCCUCCUACAACGAGUUCUCCGUCAACCCAUCUCUCGAUCACUACCGUGGCAAGCUCGCUGCCUCCAAGGCUUCGUUCACUGAUGUUUGGGAGACUGUUCGCAGUGAGGUUGAGUCUGCUAUCUCUUCUAACGAUGGCCAAAAGACUCUUCUAGAGAACGCCCUAGAUGUGGUUGCCAAGAUGCCCUCCAUCGCCAACGGCGGCAACCCCUUCGGUGGCCCUGUUGCCGCCGGCAACGCUGCUGGUCAGGUCGACGAGAGUGCCUUCAAGAACAUGUGGAACUUCAACUUGGCAGAUGCUGCAUUCGGUUACCUGGUCCUCGAGAUUGAGGGCGGACGCAUUGCUACAGAGAUGCGGGCUCAGGGUUUCAACUUUGCCCACCGCAGUGGCAAGCCCCAGGCCGGCGGUGCUCCUCAACCUGUCUCCAGCGGUCUUCCUGCCACCACUGCCUCUCCUGCCCCUACUGGUGCUGCUCGCACCCCCGUUGUAGCUCCUCAGUUUGGCCAGGCUCCCCCUGCUCGUCCUCCCAUUCCUCAGGGCCAAAAGGGACAGGCUCGCGCUUCCCCCAUUCCCGUUAUCCCCAAGUCCGCUAGUCCCCAGCCCCCUACCACUACCUCUGCUCAGCCAGCCGGCGAGGAGAAGGCGGCGGAGUCAACCACCAACGGAAACAACCCCACCGAAAAGCCCAGUGACUCUCCUGGUCCCCGUGAGAAGAAGCCCAGCAACAUCCUCUUUGUGUCCAACGUCGAGAAUGAGCAGGCCGUUCGUGAUUUGAUCCCUGAAGAGGACAAGUCCAAGGUCGUCAAGGUGGAGAAGUACGGCAAGUUCAACCACAUUGUUACCUUCUCGGCUAUCGAGGAGGCCAAGGCCAUGCUUGACCAUCUUCCCGUCGAACACAAGAAGGUUAUCAAUGUUGCUCCAGGCCAACCCCGCAAGCCCAACUUCAAGUACUUCGAGGACCGCGGCAACAACCGUGCCCAGGGCGGCGCCGGCACCUGGCAAGCCAGCACUCGGGGUGGAGCUAGCGCAGGCCAGCGUGGAUACCAGAGCGCCAGUGACAGCGAGGGAGCUCGCCGUGGUGGCUUCGGUGGACGGGGCCGCGGCCGAGGUGGUGAGCGUGGCCGUGGCGGCCGGGGAGGUGCUCGUGGAGGCUUCAAGAGCGGCGCGGGCUCAAACGACUCUCCCGCUUCCUCUACUCCCUCCGGUGAUAAGCCGGCCCAGUCCACUGACGCCUAA